AUGUUGUUUUAUGAGUUUUUCAGAUCCAACAUAGGAAAACGAAUCUUCGUGAUGCUGAAGGCUGGAGUAUAUGUAUCUGGGGUACUGAGCAACAUAGAUCCAUACCUCAAUCUAAGCCUUUUGGAAGUGAACAUACUUAGCAAUCAUCCUGGGCUGGAUAGUAUUUCUGUGUGUUCUAUACGGGGCUCGUCGAUAAAAUAUGUCCUUGUUGAUAAGGACUCUACUCUGCUGCAGGGAGUGAAUGCUGGGAGUAGACUCAGAAUGAUACUUGAUAAAUGUUACUGA